GGCAGGAGUUGGUGUCGGUGCGGCAGGCAGGGGGAAGCAGCGCACGCCGGGCCCGGAGGGCGGGAGGAGGCGCGGCCAGAGCGGGCGGGCACCGGGACGAGCCGCGGCCGCGAGCGCGGGGCGCGCCGAGGCUCCGCAGGCGGGCAGGCCCUCCGCCGCCGCCGCCGCCGCCGCCGCGCCCGCCCCUUCCCCCGCCCGCCGCCCGCCGCCUUCCUCCCUCGGCCGGCCGGGCCGCCCGCCGCGGAGCAGCCGCGGCCGAGCGCUGCGCCAUGGCCUCGGGCGACACCCUCUACAUCGCCACGGACGGCUCGGAGAUGCCGGCCGAGAUCGUGGAGCUGCACGAGAUCGAGGUGGAGACCAUCCCGGUGGAGACGAUCGAGACCACGGUGGUGGGCGAGGAGGAGGAGGACGACGACGACGACGAGGACGGCGGCGGGGGCGGCGGGGGCGGCGGCGGGGGCGGCCCCGGGCACGCCGGCCACCACCACCACCACCACCACCACCACCACCACCACCCGCCCAUGAUCGCGCUGCAGCCGCUCGUGACCGACGACCCGAGCCAGGUGCACCACCACCAGGAGGUGAUCCUGGUGCAGACGCGCGAGGAGGUGGUGGGCGGCGACGACUCGGACGGGCUGCGCGCCGACGACGGCUUCGAGGACCAGAUCCUGAUCCCGGUGCCGGCGCCGGCCGGCGGCGACGACGACUACAUCGAGCAGACGCUGGUCACGGUGGCGGCGGCCGGCAAGAGCGGCGGCGGCGGCGGCGGCUCGUCGUCGGGCGGCGGCCGCGUCAAGAAGGGCGGCGGCAAGAAGGGCGGCAAGAAGAGUUACCUGGGCGGCGGGGCCGGCGCGGCGGGCGGCGGCGGCGCCGACCCGGGCAACAAGAAAUGGGAGCAGAAGCAGGUGCAGAUCAAGACCCUGGAGGGCGAGUUCUCGGUCACCAUGUGGUCCUCAGAUGAAAAAAAAGACAUCGCCCAUGAGACGGUGGUUGAAGAGCAGAUCAUCGGGGAGAACUCGCCCCCAGACUACUCGGAGUACAUGACAGGGAAGAAGCUGCCUCCCGGCGGGAUCCCUGGCAUCGACCUCUCUGACCCCAAACAGCUGGCAGAAUUUGCUAGAAUGAAGCCAAGAAAAAUUAAAGAAGAUGAUGCUCCAAGAACAAUAGCUUGCCCUCAUAAAGGCUGCACAAAGAUGUUCAGGGAUAACUCUGCCAUGAGAAAGCAUCUGCACACCCACGGCCCCCGAGUCCACGUCUGUGCAGAAUGCGGCAAGGCUUUCGUGGAGAGCUCCAAGCUAAAACGACACCAGCUGGUUCAUACUGGAGAGAAGCCCUUUCAGUGUACAUUUGAAGGCUGCGGGAAACGCUUUUCACUGGACUUCAAUUUGCGCACACACGUGCGAAUCCACACCGGAGACAGGCCCUAUGUGUGCCCCUUCGACGGUUGUAAUAAGAAGUUUGCUCAGUCAACUAACCUGAAAUCUCACAUCCUCACACAUGCCAAGGCCAAAAACAACCAGUGAGAAAUGAGAAGACGCCCUCGGCCUCGGGAAGCAUCUUCCACGCGUGUGCUUGGGGGAAAAGCACGCCUCCUUUGUAUAUUGUUUCUAGGAAGAAUUUUAAAAAUGAAUCCUACACACCUAAGGGACAUGUUUUGAUAAAGUAGUUAAAAAAUGCAAAAAAAAAAAAACUUUAAAAAGAUGACAUUGCUAAGAUGCUCUAUCUUGCUGUGUAAUCUCGUUUCAAAAACACGGUGUUUUUGUAAAGUGUGGUCCCAGCAGGAGGACAGCUCAUGGACUUCGCAUCAAAAGACAAUUCUUUAUACAACAGUGCUAAAAAUGGGACUUCUUUUCACAUUCUUAUAAAUAUGGAGCUCACCUGUUGCUUACAAUUUUUUUAAUUUUGUAUUUUCCAAGUGUGCAUAUUGUACACUUUUUGGGGAUAUGCUUAGUAAUGCUACGUGUGAUUUCCUGGAGGUUGAUAACUUUGCUUGCAGUAGAAUUUCUUUAAAAGAAUGGGCAGUUACAUGCAUACUUCAAAAGUAUUUUCCUGUAAAAAAAAAAAAAGUUAUAUAGGUUUUGUUUGCUAUCUUAAUUUUGGUUGUAUUCUUUGAUGUUAACACAUUUUGUAUAAUUGUAUCGUAUAGCUGUAUUGAAUCAUGUAGUAUCAAAUAUUAGAUGUGAUUUAAUAGUGUUAAUCAAUUUAAACCCAUUUUAGUCACUUUUUUUUUUUUCCAAAAAUACUGCCAGAUGCUGAUGUUCAGUGUAAUCUCUCGGCCUGUUCAGCUACAGAACGUACUGCUCAGUUGUAGAAUGUAUUGUACCUUUUAACACCUGAUGUGUACACCCGUGUAACAGAAAGGGCGACAAUAAAAUAGCAAUCCUGAAGAAAGAACAUGGCAGAAAAGGUCUGGAAGCACAGUCUGGUUCUCUUUUGUUGUCCAGGAUACUUCAAACCUCGAGCCUCCCAGAAAUUGGAAGUUCAAUAAAGCAACUCAAGUUUC